UGAAGAUACUACUAGUGUGAUUAGUUUCACUAGUAGUGUGCACAGUGUAGGGGAGAGGGGGGGAAUAGAUGCCCAGGAUUCAAACUCUCUCAUGGCCCUUCUAGGGUGUACAGAUGUUGAGAAGAUGUCUAAAACCCUACUGGCAAUGUCCUCCAGCCCGACCAACUGUGAUAUGAUGAGAUCCAGCAGAUGUAUCCCUCUCCUAGUUCAGCUCCUGCACCUAGAUCAUCUCAACCCAAACCUUCCUCGACCCUCGCGGCAUGUACGCGCACGUGCUGCGCGCUGCCUUCACAAUAUAGUGCAUGCGCAUCCAACAGACAAACAUUGUAAACGGGAAGCUAAGGUUCUAAAGCUGUUGGAGAUUCUACGACAGUAUUGUGAUCUUCUGAGGGAUAUAUUAUCUGGUGGAGAAGGACGGGGUGGAGGUAAUAGUAGAGCAGCAGCUCAAGUUGCAGGUUGCAGGAGGGUCAGCAUACAGGUCGUGGAAGGAGGAGAGAAGUAUCAAGAACAGGAUCUCAUGGUUGCAGAUUUCGGGAAUAUCGGUGAGGGAUAUUCUGUUCCUUGUAAACAGGUUUAUGCGUGUCAGCACUUUCUGGAUUUUAGUGGAGAAGCCAGGCAAGCAGGACAGGUGAUAAACAUAGAGGAAAGCAUGGCUGUCCUGACAAGAUGUAGUUUCGACGAAAGUCAUCGGCAGCCGAUUUUUCUCCUCGGGGGUAUACCAGCUUUAGCAGAGCUUAUCCAGGUUGAGCACGGAUUACAUCCUAGCACCCACUCUGUGUGUCGUGAAGUGAGAAGAUAUGCAGUUGUAGCUCUUACCAACCUUACCUUCGGGAAUACGGGGAUCAAGUCAUACUUGUGUCAGUUCCCCGGACUGGUGGAUAUUCUAGUGGGACAGCUGGAAAGCCAGUGGGAAAAUCUACGAAAAGCAACAGCUCACCUAUUCCGGAAUCUAGCAUGGAAGGCGGAUAAAUCAUCAAAAUCUGUAUUGUCUGAAUGCGGCGUGGUGCGUAUUCUGAUGGGAGCCGCCAUGACAGUUGCUGAGCGGUGUCUUGUGGAAACUUCUGAAGGACUUGCUGUAGAACCAGGACGAGAAGAACCAACAUUAAAGGUUAUAUUAUCAGCCCUGUGGAACCUAUCUGCUCACUGUAGGAAGAAUAAAAGUGAGGUUUGUUCUACUCCUGGUUCUCUGGUUCUCCUGGUCCAGUUCCUUAGAUCUAGAAGCACAGCUAUAAUAGAGAACGGCGGAGGAAUACUAAGAAAUAUUAGCUCUUACAUUGCAACUUCCCAGCAAGGAGAGGAAUACAGAAAAAUUCUCCGAGAGGAGGAAUGUCUCUCCCUCCUUCUCUCCCAACUCCGUUCCCCUUCCCUCACCAUUGUCUCCAAUGCUUGCGGGACCUUAUGGAACUUCUCCGCCAGGAAUAAGGAAGACCAGGAGAAACUCUGGGAGCUAGGAGCAGUUCCUAUGCUCCAAUCUCUGACUAAUUCUAAACAUAAAACCAUCUCUACAUGUAGUCUUGCUGCACUCAAGAAUCUUUACACAGCCAGACCAACAGGAUUGUUCAUGAUGGUAAGCGGUGUUCCGGGCCAGCUGACCGCAAGAAAGGUCAAGAAUCUUGUAGCCGACCUGGACGAGAAACUUUCCGAUUGCGGCGGACGAGACGUUGAAGAGGGACGAGAUUCCCCCGGGAACUCGGACGAGUCCGGAAGUGAGACGGAGGAGAGACAAGUUUCUGUUCCUAGAUCUGACUCUAGGAACAGCGUGAGUUCUGUCCCUAGUGUAACCUCCCACUAUAGUGAGGGUCGGGACCGGAGCUCGGCCUCGCCUGAACGGAAAGGAGAGAAAGUUUUUUUCUCCGGAGCUGCGUUCUCAAACCUCACAAGGUCUGGAUACAACACAGAUAACUCUAGACACAGUGAUAAACAAUCCGGGUACACUUCAGACUCCCCUCCACCCCUGCCUAAACGAGGAGAAGGAGGAGGGUUCAAGGGAGGACUCUCUGCUGAAGGAAGGUUUGACGGGAACUACAAGAGUUACAUGAAACAGUUUAGUGAUCCCAACCCAAGACAAGGUUCCCCGCUCCGAGAUAACUAUGUAGAAAGUGACGGUGAAAGAGUGAUGUCUCCUACCAAGCUAAACCUUGCCGUCACAGUUCUCUCCCCUGGCAGCAUUCCACUUGAUUUAUCCAAGAAGAAACCUGCAUUUACAGAUGAAGCAGAACUUUGUGAAGAGAAACCUACAGAUUACAGUUUAAGGUUUCAGGAAUCCGAGGAUUUGGAUUUAAUUGCCAAUAAAGCCGGGGACAAAUCAGAACAACUUUUCGAUGAUUCUGUAAAAACCUACUACACAGAGGGAACUCCGAUGGAUACUCCUUAUGUAUUUUCUACAGCAACAUCUAUGUCAGAUCUAAGAGAGCCCGCUAUCCUUGAGGAGGAAGAAGAGGAAGAGGAGACUGAGAAGCAGGGAGACUCUACAACAGCGUAUGCCGUUGAAGGAACUCCAAUAACGUUCUCAAGGGCUGAAUCCUUGAGUUCUCUGGAGUCUGGAGAGGUGGAUGGAGUUGGGGAAGGAACUAAACUCUCUGCUAUCCCUGAGAAUGGAGAGGAGAAGGGGAUGCAGGAAACAGAAGGAUCCUCAGAGAAGGAUAGAGGCCAUACUCCGCCCCCACCAAAGGAUCACAAGACUGUGACUUUCCGUGGCGGAGACAACUCCAAUGCAAAUGAUACUCCUUUACUGUUUAGUCGGGCCAGCUCUGUUGCCAGUCUGGAUAGCUUCGACCAACAAUCCAUUCCUGACGGAUACUCAUCUUGCGACUUUAGUCGCGCCACAUCAGGGCGAGUUUCCCCAUCAGACCUCCCAGACUCACCUAGCCAAACAAUGCCGAGUUCUCCACGGAGAAUGCAUACUGCUCCUCCCCGACCUAACAAGAACACUAAACCUCCUUUAGCUCCAAAAAUGGGUAAACCCAUGUUUGCUGACGAAGUUCACGCUUUUAAUGAGGAGGGAACUCCUGCUAACUUCUCCACUAGAACAAGCCUUUCUGGGCUUUGUCUGGACGAGGAGGAGGAGGAAGGAGUGGCGAGGAGAAACUCUGGAGAGAAGGUAAAGACAGCUUGGCCAGAGAAUAGGCAUGACGAAUCAAUUCCCUCUGAGGAGGAAGAUAUCUAUGCGGACUCGGAAAGUUUGUUGGACCAGAUAAUUAGCUCCGGAAUGCCAAAUUCUAAGAGUGAAAAGUCUAAACAAUCAAAACUUCCACAUCGAAUGAAGCCUGUUGAAACUAUUUUAAAUGAAAGUGGCGGAGGUUCCGACGAUUCCGUUUGUUCUGCAGAAAGUACAGAUAUCCUCCAAGCCUGCAUUGAGUUUGGAAUGCCUUCCAAAACCAAGACAUCAAACCCGGUUUCUAAAAUUGCAGAGUUUGCCAAUAAAUCCAAUGUAAAGCCUGCAUUAGGUCCAAGACAGGCGGGAGAGGGAGCCCCUGCUAUUGAUCUUAACCAGAAAUCUAGGAAACAAAUUCCACAAAAAUCCGCUAAACUUCCCGAAAAGAGGGGCGCCACUGCCCCACCUCCCCCUGAGCGACGAGGCUCCCACCUCUCCCAUCCUUGUGUUGCCGCUGCUGCAGCUUGUACCGCCGACCUCAACCGAGAACCAAUCAGAGAACAAGAAAGUACAUUCAGGUAUGAGGGUAGCGAGGAACUUCGAAGCUAUAGAGUUGAGGAUACUCCAAUCAAUUUCUCUGCUGCAACCUCCAUUUCUGACCUCUUCGAGGAGGAGUCAUCCUCCAGGCUUAGUGUUGACUCAAACGAUGGUCUGCUGGAGCACAAACGUAAUCGCAGAGGGAACGGUCCACGUUCACGUCUUGCAUCUGAGGGCCGCGGAGUAGGUUCCCCUCAAGGGGGUGAGACCCCCCUCCACUACGCUACCGAGGACACCCCUGCUGUGUUCAGCAGGAAUGACUCCCUCAGCUCACUGGAGUAUGAAGAUCAGAAUUUACAAAAAGGCCCACCUCCUUCUCAACCCAGCAAAGGUGGUAGUGAUGGAACCUCCUCUUGGGGCGUGGCCUCAUCAACUAGCUUCCAGUCACACCUGCCACGCCCUCUGACAGUAGGGCGGAGUGCCAGCUCUGGUAGUUCUACAGGAGUCCCGGAUAAACCAAAGGAUUCAAAACCGAAUAAAUCCUUUAACUCUUCUUUAAGUUCCUUGUCAAUUGAUUCCUUGAACAACACUAACGACGACGAAGAGAACUUGUUGGCCGACUGUAUUUCCUCGGGAAUGCCAAAAUCUAAAUCGGAGCAUUUUGAUCUUUCUGGAAAAUUCAGGGCUAAAAAAUCGCCGAGAAGGGAGAAAUCCGCCAGUGCUGAACGAGAGAAAAGACGACCUGCAUCUAAAAGUCCGCGAGGAUCGAGACUUAUUCCAGGCGUUGUGAUACCGGAGCUCAAACUGAAACCACGAACCCCACCGAAAUCUCGACCACAGAGCGGAGAAAUGGAAAACUUUAAUCUUAAAUCCAGAUCUGCCUCUCCCAACCUUGAAUCAGAGAUUAAACCAGAUCAAAGAACUGAGCCAGAAAAACAGAAAGCCAAAGAAUCAAAACCCGAGUCCCCGAUUGUAAAUUUCAAUAUGGAAGAUGAACCUGAGGUUUUGCAUCAUUCUCCCAUUCAUGAGUCCGCCAGCAACCAGGUGGAGGAGAUGACCUUGACCCUGACCCAGAGUAGGAUAUCUGAUAUGGAAGGGUUUAAUUCUUCACUCAUUUCUCGCGAAGCUGGAGUCGUUGCAGCUAGCUUUGAUCUAUCAGAGUAUCCAAGUCUAACCGGCAGUAUGUACAGCGAGGGCGGAGAAACCUUAAGUAUGGUCCAACCUCCUUCUCUGAUGCUGGAAUCCCUCCCCUCCCUCAGCAUGCCGUUCAACCCUCCUACGGUCACCAGGAGGACCUCCGACGUAAAGCUAGAGUGUAGACACACUUUAAGUGGGAAACUAGGAUCUUCUGUCCCCUUGGCAGUUAGACGAGCACUAGGAGGUUCCGGGUCCCAUGUCGGAUCAGUGUCCCAGGAAGAUUUGAGUUCUCUCUCGUCCUGCUAUUCCAACCUGGAUAAUAUUCGUCCUCCAACCAUCAUGGAUGAUAUAGAUAUGGAGAACUCUAUGGUGAGCGUAGCGAGUAUAUCAUCUGAGGUUGCCGCCGCUCUGGCAGGCUCUGGAGGUUCAGAUGAUACAUCGCACAGUAUGACGAGUGAAGCAAUAUUAGAUAUUGUGCGUCCUGCUGGUGCGGCCGUCGAGGCGUUUACUCGUGAGAGAAGUAUUUCCAUGGGAUACUCCCUGACCUCUUUAUCCGGUGGUUUAGAGGCUAUAGAGCCUCCAACCUGCUUGGAGGAUGUAACCCUUGUCAACUCUAAAACUCUGGUCCCUGUAAAUGGUGAAACCUUUGUUGUUGACGAGGCCGGAGACACCUGUGCCGAUGUUACAGAUGUAUUUGACGAGGAAUCUGUAAUAGAACCAACAUUAACUACAGGUAGUGAUGCUGUAGACGGCGAGGUUCCCGAACUCCCAAGGGACUCCAGGCGUACAACACCAGCGCAAUCUGGAGGAGAAUCCAGUGUAGAAACUACGCCAUUACCCGCCAGAAAACUGUCACCCAAGGAAAAAAGACAAAUGGAUCCUGAGAGGUAUUUAACCUUCACUAAAAGUAAUGAAUCCACGCCCAGGAUGGAUUCAUGUGAAACCUCGGGAUAUAAAUCCCAGGAGACUAAUCAAGGACGAGAACACAGAUCCUCCCGUCAGCAGAGGUUGAUUGAUGAAACCAGAUUCAAGACUAGAACAAUCAGUAAGGAAGAUUUAGUUUGUAUACCAACCAACCCAGAGCAGGCUUCUCCUAAAACCUUAAAGCAGAGACGGGCGGAGGAGGCUGAAAGGUUUAAAACUCAGACAAUUCAUCCCUCCGACCUUCUUUCUCCCCAGGAGGUCGCUAUCCUUGAAUCGGAGGCUAGGCUUGUAGUUCAAACCAUCACUGAGCAGAAAGCAUCUGCUAGAAGUCGAUCAACAUCAGUAGAUUUGCUGGAAGACAAUAGGAGCAGGAGUGCUAGUGUUGAGAUCCUACGGGAGUUUGAGAUGAUGAGCAUUGACUCUGACAUGGGUAGUGUUGCUAGUAAAGAGAACCUCCUGGAUAUACAAGAUGAUCGUCUGGCUCCUGAAGGAGAAGAGAACACAGCUAUCCCCAAACCUAGGAUUUGUAAACCCUGGGAGUCGCGUAUUGUGGCGGAAGAUAUUCCUGCCAAGGGUGUGAGAGGAAGGCGGAGGGUUUUGUACUCUCCGCCGAUGAAAAGAGCGACGGUACCCCCCGCCAUUCCUCCCAAACCAACUCAAAGCAAAUCUCGAGCAAACAGUUCUCCUGUAACUUCUCCUAAACUGGUUCGAGGAACUAGAGCAAUGGCGCUGAGACAAGCCAACGCUGCGGCUAAGAAGGAAACUGGUUUAAACUCACCUCCUCGGAGUUUGAACAAUUCGGGAAGCUCGAUAGGAAGUACUCGAAGUCCUAGCAUAGGAAGCCCUAAGUCUAGAACCUCUGGAUCUCGAGGUUCUAGGACUCAAUCUCCGGCAUCUGCGGAGAAACCAGCCUUUGUUCGACAAGGAACAUUUACCAAAGACGAAGCCCCGAAGUCUAAAACGUCUGGAAUCCCCCGGCAGUCUCCUCCGAACUCCAGUACCUCCAAUACGGCCAAUGCCUCCAACAUUAGACAAGGUUCUAAUGUCUCCCUCCGAGGAACAGGUGCGGGUCUAAACAGAACUCCUCCCAAAAUUGCUCCAAAACCGAGUAUGUUCCGGAGAGAUGUAGUUCAACCUCUUCCUACUCCUAAACCAGUUGUUACUACAACUAAAACUCAGCAGCUACGUGAGAAGUCCCUGACAAGAGGAGGACUACGGUCCUCUAACUCUUCCACCUCGUCUGUUGCUUCCAAGACUUCAACUGUUUCCAAAACUUCAAUUAGAACUUCCUCCUCCAGUCACAGUCUGAGGAGUGCAGCUGAAAAUAUUCCACGGAGAACUCCUUCAAGCUCAGAGAUAGAGCGGAGAAUAGGAUACGGUUCACGGCCAUUAAGUCCAACCUUAAGAACCAUACCUGGUUCUAAUAUAGGACGACCCUUGAGUCCUCAAACUCGAGCUUUAAGUCCUGUGGCUAAACCAGCUAAUUCCUCCCCAGAAUUAAAGAAACCUGUGCCUAAGAAGGAUGUUACAAGCAAGAUUGCAAGUUUAUGGAAGAAGGUUGAAGAUUCUAAGAAACAGAAGAAAGAUCCUGCGAAGGAUAAACGAGUUUGGAUCUCCAAGGGGAAGGUUCAGCAGGAGACAGAAGUCCCUCCUCCUCCUCCAGGCAGGCUCAUCCGUAGCGGUACAUAUGAGAAACUUUCCGAACCCAACCCAUCGACAGACUCCAAACAAACUGAUCUCAAAGAAACCAAACCAAGGAGUAGGUCAAGACUGUCAAUAAAACUUUCCAAAUUCGGAUUAAAAAGAAAGGGAAAUACUGAGGAUCAAGUGAACGGAAACACUCCGGUAUCACCGGACGAUCUCGGGAACAGUAUCGCCUCCGAGAUGAAUUCUCCCAAUGAUGAAACCCUGUUGACUCCGGAAGAAUUCCUCCAACAGUCAAGUCCAGUCGAUCCUGAACCUGGUCGCAGUGAAAGCAGUGAAAGUAUGUCUACAGGUCCAGAUCAUGAUACAGAUAGACGAUCCCAUCCUCCCUUUGCAUACCCUUCCAAUCCUGUUAAAUCUGCAGUAGUAAAGCGCAACACAUCCUAUGUAAGUUCGCUUGGACGAAAAGCUGAGGGGAUUCCCUCAGACGAGAGUGACGGAGAAAAGAAAAAAAAGAAGUUCAGUAACACCAGCUCUUCCGUUGUUACUCUUGUAUAAAUCUUGAUACUAGAGAUGUUAUUAUUAUUUAUGUUUUAAAGUUCAGGAUAUCCGGGUGUACAGUACUGCAGUACACCUGGUUGUGUAUCCUGGUGUAAAAUGUACAGGGUGUCCAGGUUUAGUGUCCUAUUGGAUUAAGACUAGUCAAGAAAUAGUGCCAAACAACCCACCAGACCUGGACCCGUUAACUCAAGUAUUGAAUAUUGCCUACAGUGAUGACCUAACAUAUAUUAUAUAUAAACACAAUACAUACAUAUUAUUAUACCAACUCUCUUAAAUAUAUUCAUUGGUUAAAAAA